AUGAAUGCUUAUGAGCGUUUUGAGGGCACGAUGGACGUAAACAAAUUUCAAAAGAUGUUCGUUCAUAAUUAUAAAUGUUUAUCAUAUGGCGCGCGUAAACUCAAUCAAGAAAAGGGCGCGCGAGACCAGGAAAUUGGUCCGGAAUGUCUGAAAGGCCAUCAGAAAUACUUAUUCCCAACCCCAGUUUCAAACACAUCCGAAUUAAAUUUUUCUUUUCUCGAUACGUUUUCUGUAAGUUUAAGUUGUAUUCGUAAGCGGAUGGGUGAAAGAACAAUGAGACCCUUAGCAAAUUGCAACCCCUAG